UGCCAAUCCUCAACAAGUCGGAGAUAUCACCCUUGUGAUGCUUGCGUGUGCUACAUGUAAUACUAAAAAUGAUUCAAAAGUUCCCAAAUUAACCAAAUUAAAUGUAAUGCUGCAUGUGGUAUAUUGGAGUUUCACAAUUGCACCACCACAUUGA